AUGGGGCGAAUGGAUCCGCUGUUUCGUUUUGACGCGGAUGACGAUAAUGAGGAUGGAGGGGAGGUGGCGGCGUGGGAUUUCAAGGGCGCGGGGAAGACUCUUGCGGAGGAGUUUAAGGAGCGAAAAACGACGUCCGUUGAUACCAAGAUUGAGAUGAUCCGACGGCGGAGAGCGAUGGGGCUUGGGAGCACGAAGAGAGGGAGAGAAGAGGAGGACGAGGAGGAGGAGGAUGAAGAGGAGGAAGAGGAGGAGGAUGAGGAGGAGGAUGAGGAGGAGGAUGUGGAGGAGGAAGAGGAAGAGGAGGAGGAAGAGGCAGAGGAAGAGGUAGACGAAGCGGAGGAGGAGCAGGAAGAGGACGAGGAAGACGAAGAGGAGAUGGAAGAGGAGGAAGGAGAGGAAGAGGAAGAAGAGGAUGAGGAGGAGGAAGAUGAGGAGGAAGAGGAAGACGAAGCGGAAGAAGAAGAGGAAGAGGAGGAAAAUGAGGAAGAGGAAGAGGCGAGUCACAAGAAGACUAAAAAGGAGCAGCCCAAAAUAAAAGAAAUCGAAAAGGCACCCAAGGCAAAAGCCAGGCGAGAGAAGGAAGGAGCAGGAAAGGGUGAAGGCAGGGAAGGGGGGGGCGGAGGGGGAGGCGGGGGGGUGUAUUUCGAGGGGGCGGAGGAGGCAGGGGCGCGGUUCUCUGCGUCGUCCUUCUCAGAACUGCAGCUGUCGCGGCCGUUGCUGCGUGCGUGUGCUGCUCUGGGUUAUGACAAGCCCACGCCCAUUCAAGCCGCGUGCGUGCCGCUCGCCAUGGCUGGGAGAGACAUCUGUGGCAGCGCCAUCACUGGGUCUGGAAAGACCGCAGCCUUUGCUCUGCCCAUCUUGGAGCGUCUGCUAUUUCGCCCCAAGCGCGUGGCAGCUACACGCGUGCUCGUGCUCACCCCAACCAGAGAGCUGGCUGUGCAAGUGCACAGCAUGGUGGAGAAGCUAGCGCAAUUCACUGACAUCCGCUGUGGGCUCGUGGUGGGGGGGCUAUCUAUAAAGAACCAGGAGGUGGCUCUGCGGUCAAGGCCUGACAUCGUGGUCGCGACUCCGGGCAGGCUGGUGGAUCAUCUGCACAACAGCCAGAGCGUUGACUUGAACGACCUGGCCAUUCUGGUGCUGGAUGAGGCAGACAGGCUGCUGCAGCUGGGGUUCCAGGAGGAGGUGAUGGAAAUAGUGCGAGUGUGUCCCAAGCGCCGCCAGACUCUCCUUUUCUCGGCCACCAUGAGUGGGGAGGUGCAGCAGCUUGCCAGCCUGUCCCUCAACCUGCCCGUGCGGCUGUCUGCUGAUGCUUCCAUGCAGCGACCCCGCACACUGGAAGAGGAAGUGGUUCGGGUGCGAUCGUCUCAAGAGCCCGACCGAGAGGCCAUGCUGCUCGCUGUGUGCUCCAGGCUCGCCCAAACCGCAGGCGCAGGCUCGGAAGGAGGGACGGAUGGUGGUUCGGAAGGAAGAGAGGCAGGAGAUUCAGGAAGAGGGGAGAAGCGGAGUAAAGCACAGGGGGGAGGUGGAGUGAUCGUCUUCAGCGGCCGCAAGGUAGAGGCGCAUCGGCUGAAGAUUAUAUUCGGUCUGCUCGGAUGGCGGGCGGCGGAACUACACGGGAACCUUACCCAGGCCAUGCGACUGGAUGCCUUGGAACGAUUUCGGACGCACGAUGUGGACUUCCUUAUUGCCACUGAUGUCGCUGCCAGGGGUUUGGACAUUGCUGGAGUGCAAACAGUCAUCAACUACCACACACCCCGUGAAAUCACCAACUACGUGCACCGAGUGGGGCGGACAGCACGGGCAGGCAAGCUGGGAUCGUCAGUGACCUUCGUGGGGGAGAAGGACCGAAGGCUGCUGAAAGCGAUGACAAAGCGAGCAGGCAGGAAGCUGAAGCAGCGGCAGAUAGCCCAAGCGGCUGUGGAGCGGUGGAGGCAGCGAGUGGAGGGCAUGGAGAGGGAUGUAGCGGCUGUUAUGAAGCAGGAGAGGGAGGAACGGGUGCUGCGAAAGGCAGAGAUGGAAGCAGUCAAGGCUGAGAACAUGCUGACUCAUCGCGAUGAGAUAUUCGCCAAGCCCAAGCGCACGUGGUUCCAGAGCAAGAGGGAGAAGGAGGCAGUGGCAGAGGCGGCUAAGGCUGUGGCUGACGCUGAGGCAGAGGGCGGGGAGGGCGGCAGUGGGAAAGGGGGAGGGAAGGGAGGAGGGAAGGUGCUUUCACUGGAGGAGGUGCAGGAGAAGAGGAGAAAGGAGAAGCUGAAGAAGCAGCGAGAGAAAUCCCUCCCAAGAAAGAAACGCAGAAAGCUAGAGGCAGAGAGGCAGGCGCAAGAGGAGGAGGCAGAAGCACAGGAGUUCGGGUUGGAUGAAGCAUCUGAUGGGAAACCCAAGGCUGGAGGAAAGACAAGAGCCGAUCUGGCUUACCGCAAGGCCAAGGCAAUCAAAUCCGCAGAGCGGCUCCGGGCAGCUGGGAAGAUUGUCAGCCUGCCCAAGGCAGGCGGCCGGGCAGCUGGGAAGAAACCGAAGCAGAAAACGCCGUCCCGGUCCCGAGAGAUGAAGGAUCUGUUUCAGACGGAUAUGGCCAAGGGGAAAGGAGGGGGAGGGGCUGGGGGGGAAGUGAAGGGGCGGGGGAAGGCUGGGGGGACUUUCAAGAGCAAGAAGCGGUGA